CCAACGUAUACUAAAUCAGCGACAGCUAAAGAAACGGGAAGAUGAGUGCAAUUGGCUAUAAGCGGCCUUCAUCUUCCGCUACGAAAGAUCAAAAACCAAAGGUCUUUGUACGAGCUGCGCGCGGUAAGGUUCAAAAAAUAGUUCGCGAACGAUAUCUACGUGAUGAUAUUCCUUGUCAAAGUAAAAGCUGCCCAUUAUGUCUUUCUAAGCUUCCAACCGAUUCCAACGGUAAUGCAUUGGAGCCCAUACUAUCAGAAGAACCCUUCUUCUUAGAAAAGUUCGGUCGUCACUACCUGAUUCCUGAUACAAAUGUUUUUUACCAUUGUAUGGAUGCUUUGGAACAUCCUUCUAACUUUUUCGAUGUGAUUGUUUUACAGACGGUUCUUUCUGAAAUUGCUUCCAAGUCAAUUCCUCUUUACAACCGUAUCAAGCGUCUGUGUCAAGAAAAGACAAAACGCUUUACCCCCUUUAGUAACGAAUUUUUUUCGGAAACGUAUAUAGAUAAAUUAGAGGGCGAGUCACCAAAUGACCGCAAUGAUAGAGCCAUCCGUGCUGCAGCUUCUUGGUUUACUGGCCACUUAGCUGGAUUAGGGCUUAAAGUCGUGUUAAUCACGAACGACCGCCGUAAUGCAGAGAUCGCUGCUGAACAGGGUAUACAGACUUCUACCUUGAAGGACUAUGUUCAAUAUUUACCGGACUUCGAGGUUUUGUUGGACAUGAUAUCUGCAGUUGCAGACGCUACUGCUGCUAAUGAGAAAGCUGCUGCCGAAACAAAGGCAAUCUACGAUCCUCAUUGGUCUACUUCUCGCAUGCUGACAUGUAUAAAAAAUGGCGAAGUUCAUAAAGGUGUACUGAAUGUUAGCACUUAUAACUUCCUUGAAGGCUCUAUCAACGUUCCUGGAUUCAAUAAGCCGAUUUUGAUUUCUGGAAGAGAAUACCUAAACCGUGCUGUUCAAGGUGAUGUUGUGUGUGUUCAAAUUUUACCCCAAAGUCAGUGGAAGUCCGAGGCGGGAGAAAUUGCUAGCGAUGACGAAGAUGUGCUAGUGAACGCUUCCGCUGAGCCUGAUGCUUCUCGUAGCAUUGAUCUGGAAACUCCCACCAGUAAGAAAGCUCAUCCUACUGGAAAGAUUGUUGGUAUUUUGAAACGGAAUUGGAGACCCUAUGUUGGACACGUUGACAAUACCACUGUAGCCCAAUCUAAAGGUGGUUCUCAGCAAACAGUACUCCUAACCCCCAUGGAUCGUCGCAUUCCCAAGAUUCGUUUUCGCACCCGACAAGCCCCUCGACUGCUUGGGCAGCGAAUUGUGGCUGCUAUCGACACUUGGGAGGCUACUAGUCGUUAUCCUGAAGGCCACUUUGUACGUGCUCUUGGUGAAAUGGAAACCAAAGAAGCCGAAACAGAGGCACUUCUACUUGAAUACGAUGUACAACACCGACCAUUCCCUAAAGCAGUAUUGGAUUGUCUUCCUCAAGAAGGUCAUAAUUACAAGGUACCAGAGGACAAGUCUGAUCCCCUUUGGAAAAAUAGAAAAGAUCUUCGGGAUCUUUUGAUUUGCAGUAUCGAUCCCCCUGGAUGUCAGGAUAUUGAUGAUGCUCUUCAUGCACGUGUCUUACCUAAUGGAAACUUUGAGGUUGGUGUGCACAUUGCUGAUGUUACUCACUUUGUAAAGCCGAAAACGGCCAUGGACAAUGAGGCUGCUUCUCGUGGUACCACUGUGUACUUAGUUGAUAAACGUAUUGAUAUGCUUCCUAUGCUACUGGGUACUGAUCUAUGUUCUUUGCGUCCAUACGUAGAAAGAUUUGCAUUUUCAUGUCUGUGGGAGAUGGACGAAAAUGCUGAUGUCGUUAACGUUUCAUUUACGAAAUCUGUAAUUGCUUCUAAAGAUGCAUUCAGUUAUGCGGAUGCACAAGCUCGGAUUGAUGAUGAAAAAAUGCAAGAUCCAUUAACUCAAAGCAUGCGUAUCUUGCUAAAACUAUCUAAGAAGAUAAAACAAAAAAGAAUGGAUGAGGGUGCUUUGAAUUUGGCGAGUCCUGAAGUGCGAAUUCAAACAGAUAGCGAAACAUCGGAUCCCAUGGAUGUUGAGAUUAAACAACUUCUUGAAACUAACUCUCUUGUCGAAGAGUUUAUGUUACUAGCAAAUAUUUCUGUUGCUCAAAAAAUUUACGACACAUUUCCUCAAACUGCUGUUCUCCGUCGACACGCAGCACCGCCUCUCUCAAACUUUGAUUCCUUGCAGGAUAUUUUGCAAGUUUGCAAGGGAAUGCAUCUUAAAUGUGAUACAUCAAAGGCUUUGGCAAAAUCUUUGGAUGAGUGUGUGGAUCCCAAAGAACCCUACUUUAAUACCUUACUGCGUAUCUUGACAACGCGCUGUAUGUUAUCCGCCGAAUACUUCUGUUCUGGUACGAUUGCAGCUCCCGAUUUCCGCCAUUAUGGUUUAGCGACGAGUAUUUAUACACAUUUUACUUCGCCUAUUCGUCGUUAUGCAGACGUGUUGGCACAUCGACAACUGGCUGCAGCUAUUGACUACGAAGUGCUGCAUCCUUCAAUCAGUGACAAACAACGCUUGAUUGAAAUUAGCAAUGGAAUAAAUUAUCGACAUCGCAUGGCGCAAAUGGCAGGUCGUGCUAGUGUUGAGUAUUAUGUUGGACAGGCGCUCAAAGGAGGCAUUGCUGAAGAAGAUGCAUAUGUAAUUAAGGUUUUUAAGAAUGGUUUUGUUGUAUUUAUUGCCAAAUUUGGUCUUGAAGGUAUUGUAUACACAAAGAGCAUGACGAACAUGUUGGAGCCAAAUGUUGAAUUUUUGGAAGAUAAGUAUAUGCUCAAAGUUGAAAUUCGAGAUCCACCGAAACCAAAGAUUGUUGAAGUUCAAAUGUUUCAAAAAGUGCGUGUGCGUGUAGGAACAGUACGUGAUGAGCAUUCAGGAAAACAAAAAGUGGAUAUUCGCUUGGUACACUAAAUUGAGCAGACAAUGUCGAUACAGACUACUUACUGUUUUGACGACUUUUACUAGGGAAAAACGGAUUACUUUAGAGUUAGGAUAAUGAAUCCAAUCAAUUUUUGGUUGAUGAAUUUUUCUGAUAUUCAUUAAACAAGGAAACAAUUACAUGGGUUGGUUGUCCGUGAAUAUAAAAAACCAAAAGAAGAAGAGCUCCGUCUUGUUAAACUUACAUCGAUGUAUGACCUGUAGGAACCACAUAAUAAGGAAACAGAAAAGCAAGAAAAACAAUAAACAAAAGCCAUCGAAUCACACGAGGAAGGAUAUUUAUGAUUCUCAUUUACAAAUGUUUCUCUAAAUUGAGUUUGGCAGGUUCAAUAAAGAAGCCAGAACCCUUUGCGCAUAGUAUGGGCUCUUCACCUUCAGUGAGGCGAUAGAGCUCACCGGAUAUCCAACCCUUUCUUCCUUCCACUUUGCUAGUGUUACACACCACUUUAUAAAGGUUUGAGCACAGAGAAGGGGCCACAUAAGUUACAUCAAGUUGAACAGUGACGCCUAGGCGGGAUGCAAAGUUACCGAAAAUACCGAAAGCCAAAGCUUCAUCAAGCAUAGAAGCAAUGAAUCCUCCGUGUAAAAUGUUUCUGUAACCACAUAGUAGUUCAGUAGGAUAGAAAAAAGUGACAGAGCCCUUGCCGGACUUUUCGACAUAGUAGUAAGGGCAAAAAGCAAGGGCUUGUUGGCGGACAUAGUUGGCGAUCAACGAUCGGUUCUCCUCUGAUUUAUAUGGCUGCAAGAGGAUAUAACUGGGGUCAUCCCUAAUCCUUUGGAAUUCGCUAUGGGCUGCUAAUUUAGCUUCAGGCAUGGUAAAAAUGAAUGAAUAAGAGAGCAAAAGCUACGGUUUAUAGAAAAAGGUACAGAAAGUUUUGCAAAAUACAACUCGAAAUUUAGAUUAUAUAAACCAAAAAAAGCCAAAAAAGAAUUAAAGAAAGUGUUCGAAAAAGCAAAGUCCUGUCGAAUACCCGUCCUUCAGUCAAAGAUUUUACAAAAGGGGAGCGGUAUGUUGUAGAACCAAGUAAUAAAUCCCGAAUCAAAAGACCUUUUAAAAGACCGAAUUAAGC